CUUGAGUUCAACCAGAAUGUUAGUUAGAGGCCUGUUAUCCGUGAUUAUUUAAUUACAUUUAAACAACUGUACAAUCUUUGUAACGACACGAGCGCGUCAUGUGGCUGGUUGCCGUCUAAUUUGAGUGUUUUAAGAAGUGUGCCGCAUGAGAAUCUUUAGCGACUUCCUUCCUGUCCAAAAAUCGACGUCACGCAGCGGAAGAGUUUUCACUUAUUUUCAGGCUAAUAUGGCAGCGCCGUCGGGUGGAGGCGAUACGGGCAUUGGCAAUGACCAGAUAAUUUCCUUGGGAGCCGCUCUUCUCAAUAACUUCGUCUACGAACGAGUUCGUCGCCAUGGAGACAGUGAAGCUGAAUUAACCCGGAGUCAGCUGGGUGGUGUUGAGCUGUGCGACCCCAGCCAUAAACGCCUCGCGCAGUGUUUGCAGCAGAUUGGAGAUGAGCUGGAUGGAAAUGUGCAGCUGCAAAGUAUGUUGAAUGACUCCACUCUCCAACCCACCCAAGAAGUCUUCAUGAAAGUGGCGCGGGAAAUUUUCUCUGAUGGGAAGUUCAACUGGGGCAGAGUGGUAGCGCUUUUCUACUUUGCGUGUCGGCUUGUUAUCAAGGCUAUUAUAACCAGAAUUCCUGACAUCAUCAGAACCAUCAUAAACUGGACUAUGUCUUACAUUCAGGAACACGUUAUUAAUUGGAUCAGGGAACAGGGUGGAUGGGAGGGAAUCCGCUCCUAUUUUGGAACCCCGACAUGGCAGACUAUCGGCGUUUUCCUGGCUGGGGUGCUCACCACAGUGCUGGUGAUCCGCAAAAUGUGAACAGACUGGCAGGAAGGUGGAGAGAAAGAGAAGCGAGAGUUGAGACGAUGAACAGAGGGUGAAACAGACCAGCAAAAGAGAACAGAAAGAUGAGGGGGAAGAGGAAGGGAUUUGGAGAAGAGAUACAAAGAAAAAGACAGUUAAAGAGCGUUAAAAAUGGCCUCAGCUAAUCAAAAACAAUGAGGGAGGGAGGAGGAAGAGGAAAGAGCGAGAGUCAAGAAUGAUGCAGAUGUCUUGAGCCAGUCUUGUUGCUCCUGAGCUUGUGCUCUUUCAAUUUUGACAACAUUUGCACUGAAAAUCAGAGAUUAAUGCGUAAGUUCAGGUUUAGGCUUUAUUUGAGCUAUUUAUUUUUAAUUUGGGCUUAUAGGUGUGUAGGUUAUAUACAGGACUGUAGUGGUAUUUGAUUUAAUCUGUUGAAAUGCUGAAAUUUCACAUUAAGUUAAGUUCUUUUUAUUAUGUUAUUUUUAGUUUUUCCUCUACAGUCAAAACGACAUAUGAUAAAUAGAUGCAUUACCUUAUAAAUGGAAUUAUUAUUAUUACUAUUAUUAAUAUAUUAUUCUUAGCAUUAAGAUAAAAGCAUAAUUGUAUCUGUCCUUUUUUAGUGCACUGUCAUUUGAAAGAGUGGGAAUGGGCUCAGACUGUAUUCUGCUGAUAUUUUAAUUUCCUAUCUCUUCCUCGUCCUCCUCGUCUUUUUUUUUCACUGUCUCUAGUUCUUCACGGUAGGGACUAUGAAAUAACUGUAAAGGUUAUUGUACUUGAAGGUUGAGCCUCUUAAGAGUUCAUGAAAUGUUUGCAACAGCGUUUUGAGAAGUGCAGCCAACCAAUCAUCACUCUGGUUGUGGUGUGUGGGUGUGUCUUCGUCAGUAAGCCCCUCCCACGAAAGGGAUGGAUAAAACUAGUGACUCUUAAACACAUUGAAUUUCUCUGAGCCAUGAUGAUCUCGUUUUUUGCAGAACCAAAUAUUUUCCUUUUCAAAUUCCUUUUGGAUUCGACAAUCCAAAGACUUCAGAUGCAGGUGCAGACUCUCUGACAAAAAAGCAGUUUGUUUGGCUUGAGCUGGUGCAAACAUACGCUCUUGCAGGACUUACAGGCCGAUUAGUUGAGCUUCUUUUCUCAGCAAGGUCUUCUCAGUACUGUAUUUUUAAGAUGGUUAGCCAGACCCACAAUCCUACUUUUACAUGCAAUUGUUCUUUCUUUCUUUUUUUUAAUAUACUUGUUUCUUUAUCUUUUGGCUGUUUGGAUACAGUUUCAUAAUCUUUUAUUUUUGGUUCUUUCGUUGACAGUGCCUUGGCCUUUUUAUGAUAUUAGCCACCACUUUUUCAUCUUUUUCUACAUCUUUGUAAACUGGUAUAAAAUUGUGCACCCUAAGGCAGUUUGUCUGCUGUGUGAGCCCAUGAGUUUGUUUUGUAAGUCGUAAAAUUAAACAAUAAAUUGUUUUUAUGGAUUUCAA